UUUCACAGAGGGAGAAGCCUGCUCUCUCUUACUCAGACACACACAAACAUAGACACCCCCGCCCCCUCUCUCUCUCUCUCUCAUUCUGUUCCAGAACUCUCUCACUCACACAUAGUCACACACAAACAGUUACACUCACACAUACACAUCACAUUGGAUAACAGUUACACACCACAUUUCCCCUGAGCCAGAUGCUACUUUGAGGAAAAGGACACACUGCUGCGGAAGGAUUUUACCUGCUGUUUUUUUCUUAAGAAAGGAGUCUAAAAACAGAGGGAUAAAAACUAACACACGAGACAGUUUCAGUUUGUUCCUGGACAUGGUCAACAUGACACCAGCAUGACACCCUCCUGUUUGGAUUCCCUCCUCAGGCCAAAAUCCUGAAAAUGAUGGAUGAGAACAAGCAGCUGGCUCAGAGGAUCAACGGGGCCAGCCAGGAGGUGACCAACCUGCGAUCGGAGCUGACGGCCACCAGCAGCAGACUGGCUGAGCUUGGGGCCACCGACCGGGAGCGUGACCCCUUCAUGGAGAAUCACGACCCGCAGCACAACCACCACCACGUCUUCCCGGUUUUGACCCUUGCCUGUUUCUGGACUUUGUACCCGCCUGCCUGACCAUUCUGCCUGCCCUGACCUCGAGCCUGCCUGCCACUCUGUACCUCCUGGACUCUGAUCUGGUUAUGACCUUUUGCCUGUCCACGACCAUUCUCUUGCCUAUUCCCUUUGGAUUUAUGAAACAUCUUAAUCUCCAACCAUCUGCCUCCUGUGUCUGCAUUUGGGUCUCCCCUAGUGUCAUGAUACUAUAGUUUGCUGAACAGCCUACAUUAUCUUACUGUGAAUAAAGGGCUAGUGUUUCGGUGAUGGUUAGAAUUAUAAAUUGUAUGAGUAUGCACAUUUUUACACACACAAAGCAUAUUAUGCUGUCUUGUUCAUACACACACAUGUCCAGAGCCAGAAACAGUCCUAUACAUACAUACCUUCUCUUACUGUUUUACACACACGAUGCAGCUCACAUAAUGGCCAAUCUUUGACACAAGUCACAGCUUUGGAUCAAUAUGAAGCAGUGAGACCUUGUACACUCAAAGAAAAAACAAUUAGCUGAAAAUGCAUUGAUCCAGGAGGGUACCCAAUGACUCCAUUUGCCACAAAAUGGGAUUCUUUCAAAGACACACAAGUUCUGUGUAUCUAUUUGACAAUAAACAAAAGCUUUAGCCCAGCUAGCUCUACUUUCACAGGCUAGUGCUCCUAGGCCUCUUGAACGCCACACCUUUGUAUAUCUAUUUUUACAUCUGUGGAUAAACUGCACUAAAGAUCCUUGGCACAUAAGAUUCUCACCCCAUGUAUAGCACUUGUCUACUGCCUCUAGAAUCAUUUCUCACCUGAUCUAGGGCACUAGCUAGUGCUUUCUCAUAGGGUCUGCUCCUCAACACAAGCAGUGCCAUUUUCCUUAGACAACUUACUCCAAGGGCCAUACUUAACUUUCCCCUCAUCCACCUUAUGCUCACUGAUAAAGAGCAGUCGCCAAGGGCACAGACAGGCUGAUAUAGAGAGGCAAGAGGAGUGAUCUCUCCAUAAGGACAACAUGCUGCAUCCCCCCCAGAUCUAUUUAUUCAUCUCCUACAUCUGUCUUCAAUCACUGUAAUUAAUUCAGCCAGAUAACAAGGCAUUAAUAGGCGGUGGUGGGUAGAUGAAGGGAUUGUAUUUCUUCUACCAAUUCUCAUUUCCACCCGCGCGCUUUGUGUACCAAUGCGCACACACACGCACACGUGGAAACAUACACAUACAUACACGUCUGCACACACACACACACACUCCAUCAUUCUUUCUUGAAAAUCCUUAUCUGUUGUAGUCAUUAAAGGCAAACCAACACAUACUAACUCUUGUACGUAAACAAUGUUAUGCCAUCGGUCAAUCUAUUGCCAUUGUUAACAACACUCCUCUCACACCCAUGCGCACACAUGCAUUAAAUCACACAGUCACCGCCUACCAAAACUCGUGUGUUCUAAACCAAUUGUCCUGUCCUC